AUGGGAAAGUCUUUAACAACUAGAACUCACAAAGACAUUGAGAGCUACUACUCCGUGCUGCGCGUACUGAGGCAGUGGUGCCCGCAAUACCAACAAGUCAUCGCACAAGUCACCUAUAUGGUUCAACUUCUCGGUUCAUUCCGCUGGAUAUUCUCUCUUGAGCAGUAUGAGAAACUGAUUUAUGCUAUACGAGUCGAACACGAUUACUCUGGGAAAGCUAUUUUGGUUGGACGAGAACUUCAAGGACUAUGGAUCAAUCCAGUCAUCUCCAGUGCAGAGAAGACAUGCCUGUCCCACCUACGAGACAUAUUAGAACCAUGUCUGAGAAGAGCAUUCGAGUUCUUCCUAGAGGCUGAGAGACACUUGAUAGCCGCUGGGAAAAAGCUUUAUGUGAAUCCAGAGGACAACUGGGAAGAAUACAACAGGGCUCAAGCGGCCUUGUGGCCGUUCCAACAUGAGUUUCACAUGUACAUUUUUAAUCUGAGGGCGGACUCUGACCGGUACAUCAUUUUUCGCGAGCCUCCUGCUUCAGAAUCACCUACAACCCCAGACAGUCCUAACAACAGCAAGCCAGGCUCCGAGCAAGACAAAAUCAGGGGCCCUCUCUCAGAAUCUCGAAAUGCGUACCGUCCGCUGCACGCGCCUCUUGUGAAGAUGGUCGCGAGGAAACCUGGAGUUCUUAAGGCUCCAACUACUGUACUGUUACCGACGGAGCCGCUGUUAAAAAGAGUGCAAUUUGAGCCCCACGAGACAAAGGUACACUUUGAACCCUCCGAGCCCCCCCGAGGAUCCCUGUCAUUAUCUAGACGGCUUUCCGAGGCCUCUUCGUCAGAUUUGUUCGUGGAAAGAAAGAAUCCGCCCUCAAGCCCACGCUUGCCCACGUACGCAAGCCGAAGAUCACGCGGGAGCCCAUAUCGACACCCAACCGUUUUAGCGGGUUCCGAAUUAUCACAACUUCCGACAGAUGUCGCCGAAAUUGCAAGAGAGACCAAGGUGUUCAAGGCGCCAUCCUCACCUGUGUCCUCAUCACUGCCAUCCGUGGGAUCGUUCAGUCCCACCUUGCCCCGCCCAACUACGAAGGGCCAACAUAAGGACGAUUCUGAUGACAGAAUUGGGAACGGAUCCAGGGACAAACUUGGUGAUUCCGAAACAGUCAGUCCAAAGGUCAUAGAAGCAGCGCAAAUAUCGCCCUACACGAUAGAGAGCGAGAAUGCGUUCCGAGACCGGGCCGCCUUGGAAACCAGCAAGGAGAUCAUCCUCAGCACACAGGCCUACCUAGGCCGCAGGCACGACGAGUACGCCAGCCAGCUGGCAGCCGAGCCACCUACUGAACCCACAAAGAAGGCAUACGCCUGGCACGAGGCGCAGAGCCUGUCGAGAUACCACAGCUCAGCACGAGGAACCCGCGCGACAGCCCUCCUCCACUGGGCCGCCGUGUCCAAAGCUAGGCGAGAGGAGCGGAUCAACGGGUACAACACGCUGCACAGGAGGGCCACGGAGCAAGGCGAGCCCCGGCGCACCAGCGGCUUCCGCACCAGCCUGCGGGCGAGCCUCUUCGCGCCUCUGGGCCCACCAGACCUCGCCGGUGCCGGGGCCGGGCGGAAGUGGCGCGCGCAGGCGCAGGAGGCGACGCUCGCGAACCUCGCGCAGCUGCGGCCGCGCCUGGACCUGACGCUGCUGGCGUUCUCGUUCAACGAGGACGCGCUGCGGCUGUACGGGGGCCUGGUCGGCGGGGCGCCGCGCGCGCGCGACCUGGCGAGGAUGGACAGGAUCCUGCGCGAGCUCGAGGUGUACGUGGCCGUGUGCGCGCACCGGCGGAAACUUGUCGUCGGUCACCUCAAGCGGGCGCGGCAGUUCCCCGUUCUCGUCCCCGCGCAGUUUGGGGACCUCCAGGCGGCGUGCGGCGACGCGGAGGAGGACCAGCUAGCUGUUUCGAGGCGGUGUUCUGAGUAUGUUGCCGGUCGAUCUCGGUCUCGGUACGUGAUGACGUACGAGGGGAAGAGGAGGAGGAGGGAUGCCACGGGCCAGUUAGCCGAGGAGGACUAUGAGAAGCUGGAUUACCUCAAGAAGAUUGACGAUGAGGCUGAGAGGCUCUGUUCGGAGCUCGACGCGGCCGGUGAGUGGCUGACAUGGUGUAGACACAUGAAGGAGCACUGGGCGUUAGGUUGGAGGCCGGACCGAGUCGAGAAAGACAUGUUGUACGUUGGUGAGGAUACACAAAGUGAUGUGCGACGCUACAAGCGGGAGAUCAAUGAAAAGAGGGCGGCCCUAGGCCUCGUACCUGUGGCGAGACCACAGGACGAGGUUUAUGAGAGGCAGCAGGAGCAGAUUAAAUUGCUUGACGGGAUUUGGAAUCUGAUGGCUUAG